AUGGUGGAACCCGAGGCUUCAGUCGCCUGCCCCCGGAGCUUGGCGCUGCUGGCGACACCGGAGGAGGUAGCGUCGGCCAUCGAGGCAUUGACCUACAAGGAGCUUGCUAGGAGAGGUCUGCCAGAUGCAGAUGCCGCAGAUGGGAGCGAUCUUUUAGAGUCCGAUGAGCAUCUCUACCUCGAUCCGGCGAUGCACUUUCCACGACGCACAAUUCCAGCCAGCCAGUUGCUGGAGGAUUCCGAUGAGGAGACCACGUUCUGUGGACCCAGUCCUGGACCUUCUGAUGAUCCCGCGGAAAACUACCUGGUGGAUGCCAGUUGCCUGGACAUUCAAUGA